UAACUUGAUUUCAGACAGUUGCACGGUCAGUAAUGGAGCUUGUGAUCAAAACGCCGUUUGCUCACAUGAUGCUAAGACAAAUGCAGUAGUAUGCACCUGUAAAACUGGUUAUACCAACACAGGUAGUGGAUCCAACGUUGUAUGCGCAGGUAUGAUGAUUUCUGAUGGUAUCAAAAACAUUCCGUCCCUCUGCCUAUAUAUCAGAUAUUUGCACCAUCAGCAAUGGAGGCUGUCAUCCAAACGCUGCUUGCUCACAUGAUGCUAAGACAAAUGCAGUUGAAUGCGCCUGUAAAACUGGUUACACUAACACAGGUACUGCAACGAACGUUGCGUGCACAGGUAUGUUGAUUUCUGAUGGAAUCCAAAGGAUUCCCUGCUUAUCGCUAUCUUUCAGAUAGUUGCACUAUCAACAAUGGAGGUUGUGAACCAAGGGCUGCUUGCUCACACGAUCCUACGACAUAUGCAGUAGAAUGCAGGUGUAAAACUGGAUAUAUCAACAUUGGUAGCGUGCGCAAUGUUGUCUGUCGAGGUAUACUUUUUUUUGGCGGAAUCUGACAUAUUUAUUCGGCUUUCUCACCUUUCUAGAUAGGUGCGCAGUAAACAAUGGGGGUUGUGAUCCAAACGCCGCUUGCGCACAUCUACCCACGACAAACGCCGUAAAGUGCACCUGUCACCCUGGCUAUACCAACACUGGUAGCGACGCCAUGGUUAUCUGCACAGGUAUGGUUAAUCCUGGUUAAAUAGGAAAUGGGUCGUCAACAUUUCUCUGAAUCUAGACCGGUGCACUCUCAACAAUGAACGUCAGGAUCCGAACGCCAUUUGCUCGCGUGAUCCUAAGACCGGUGGGAUGAAAUGCACCUGUAAAGCUGGUUUUGUCAACACUUGUAGCGACGUCAAGGUUGUCUGCAAAGGUAUUAUGGCAUUGCAGAGAAUUAGAACCAUUUCUUGUUGAUAACUGUUUUCUAGAUAUUUGUAAUAUCGAAAAUGGUGGUUGUGAUUUAAACGCCCGUUGCACACGUUCGGGUGCGACAAAUGGAGUAGAAUGCACCUGUAAAGCUGGUUAUAGCAACACUGGUAGUGCCGUAAAAGUUGUGUGCACAGAUAGUUGCACAAUCAAAAAUGGAGGUUGUGCUGAAUAUUUAGUUUGCUCACAUGAUCCUAGGACAAAUGCAGUGGUGUGCACCUGUAAAACUGGUUAUACUAACACAGGUAGCGGAUCCACGGUUGUUUGCACAGAUAGUUGCAGAGUCAUCAAUGGAGGUUGUGAUCGAAAUGCCGUUUGCUCACAUGAUGCUAAGACAUAUGCAGUAGCAUGCACGUGUAAAACAGGUUACACCAACACGGGUAGCGCACCCAAUGUUGUCUGUACAGAUAGUUGCACGGCCAACAAUGGAGGCUGUGAUCCAAGUGCAGCUUGCUCGCACGACGCUGCCACAUAUGCAGUAGUAUGCACCUGUAAAACCGGUUAUACCAACACAGGCAGCAGAUCCAACGUUGUCUGCACAGAUAGCUGCACUGUCAACAAUGGAGGCUGUGAUCCAAGCGCGGCUUGUUCGCACGACUCUGCAACAAAUGCAAUAAAAUGCACCUGUCAACCUGGCUACACCAACACGGGUAGCGCAUCAAAUGUUGUCUGCACAGGUAUGAUGGUUUCGGCUGAAAUUGGAAACAUCUCCGAAACAUUUCUCUGGUUUCAGACAGGUGCAUUGUCAACAAUGGAGAUGACGAUGCGAACGCCGUUUGCUCAAAUGAUCCUACAACAAAUGGUGUAA